AUGAAGUUUACGAUGCAACGAACCGCCUUGGCGCUCGCGCUUCUUGGAGCGUCUGCCGGCGCUAUCAAAGUUGACUUCACUAGCGAUGAUUCAAUCAAAGCUGGUGCGAGCACAAUUGCGUAUGGACUUGUCAAGUACUACAAUGGCAACGAGACGGGCCAGAUCCCAGGCAACCUUCCCCAGCCGUACUACUGGUGGGAAACGGGUGCCAUGUUUGCAACUUUGAUCGAUUACAUGGCCUACGCCGGCGUCGAUACUUAUCUCUCCUUGAUGACGCAGGGUAUGCUGUUCCAAGCGGGCAAGAACAAUGACUUUCUCCCGCAGAACCAGACAAUGUCUGAAGGCAACGAUGACCAAGGAGUGUGGGCGUUGGCCGCUUUGUCGGCCUAUGAGAAUGCGCUCGGAAUCGGCAACCCGAACUGGCAGGGACUGGGCAAGAACGUGUUCAACGACUUUGUCCAGCGAUGGGAUUCCGCCCACUGUGGCGGUGGCCUUCGAUGGCAAAUGGCCCCGGUCAACGCGGGCUACGACUACAAAAACUCGGCGUCCAACGGCGUCUUCUUUGACGUCGCGGCCAGGCUGUUCCAGCAGAUGGGCCAAGACCCGCACUCUGAAUGGGCGACCAAGGUGUUUGAAUGGGAGCAAAAGGCCGGCCUCAUUUCGGACUCGUACCAGGUAUUCGACGGCCUCCAGGUAGAGUCCUGCAAUAGCGUGAGCAAGCAACAAAGUAGCAUGAACGCGGCCCUCUUCCUGGAAGGCAGUGCAUACAUGUACAACGCCACCUCGUCGUCGGACUGGAAGACGCGAGUGGACGGCCUUCUCAAGGAAGUUUCGACGACUUUUGUCAAGAACGGGGUUCUGUACGAGCCCAUGUGCGAGGAGAAGGAGCUGUGCACCGUUGACCAGCAGAGCUACAAGAGCUUCCUCAUUCGAGCCCUCAAGGCCACCGCCCAACAGGCGCCUUACACGGCUGCCACCAUCCAGCCCCUGCUUCAGUCAAAUGCAAAGGCUGCUGCCGCUAGCUGCAGCGGAUCGGUCGACAAGGGCUUUGCGGGACAGCCGGGAACAGCCUGUGGAUUCUCCUGGAUUGGAGACAGCGCGUUUGACGGCAAUGUCGGCGUUGGAGAGCAGAUGAAUGCCCUUUCUGCCCUGACGGCGCUGCUGCCCCAGCGUGCCCGGAGCCAGCCCAGCACGACGUCUGGAUCUGGCAGCCCUUCUGGCAGCCCUUCUGUCAGCCCUUCCGUCAAGCCAAAGAGCCCUGGUAACAAGAUUGCGGCAAACCUCGUGACGGUUCUGGCUCUGUUUGGCGGUGUUGUGUAUGGACUCUGUUAGUGAAACUGGGGUGAAGAUGAAGGUGCUGGUUGCAGAAGAGUGCCAUUGGGGAGGUUGGAUGGCGAAACUUUCACAUUCUAAUUGCGUACCUUCUAAACAAUAUUUUAUUGGAUUUAUAUGACGAGCCACGACUCAAUAUGAUUUUCAUGAG